AUGACCUUCUGGGGAGUGGAAGUGAAGCCCGGCGAGCCGUACAUCCACCAGCCCUCCCCCGGCCGCCGCUUCCGAAUCACCCAGGCGUUGCUAGGUAGUUAUGCUGAUGUUGGCUGGAGCAUACUGGAGUGUAAUGUUGGCAAUAUGAAUCCUGUGAGGAUCUGUGCGUUGAACCCAACGAACCACAUUUGGGACCUGGAGAUUGAAUACGAGGAGAGAGAAAGUGUCUUCCUCUCAGUUUCUGGGAGUAGCUCUAUUCACUUGUUAGGAAGAAUUUACAAUCAUUCUGCCAGUGAUGAUCAAGCCCACACUAGUAAUAAACUUGCUAGUAAAACUGAAACUCCUGCAUGCUUGAAAAGAAAGCAUCAAGGCAAUGAGGCUAAUGGAAAUAAAGAGCCUUCUCUCAAGGAGCCUAAUGUUACCAAGGCUGAUGGCAAGAAUGAUGCCUCCUCGAAAGAGCCUCUAAUUAGUGAGGCUGGUGGCAAGAAUGUUGCUUCUCCAAAGCAGCCUAUAGUUGGUGAAGAUGAUUACAGUGAUGACCACCUACCUAUCUGCGUUGCUUAUGAGAAGAGAAUGGCUACCAGAAAGGAGUCCAGUGUAGUGCAUACUGUGCCAAUUCAAGAUCAUGAGAUCGCACAAGACAUUGUUACUAAGGCUGAUGACAAGAAUGAUGCUUCCCCAGAAGAGCCUAUAAUUAGUGAGGCUAGUGGCAAGAAUGCUGCUUCUGCAAAGCAGCCUGUAGUAGGUGAAGAUGACGACAAUGAUGACCACCUACCUGUCCUUGUUGCUCAUAAGAAGAGAAUGGCUACCACAAAGAGGAAGUACAAAAGUCCAGGGAUGGGGACAUUAUUAAGUGAUAACAAUAAUGAUCAUAAAAUCAUGGACUCCAACGUAAUGCAUAUUAUGCCUACUCAAGAUCAUGAGGUUACACAAGACAAUAUUUCUCAAUUUGUUGGUGCUACAGGUCAAUCAACCAGUGCUACUAAUCAACAUAACUGGGUGUCAGUAGAGGAGUUUUAUAAGGGAGACGGCAAAUCCACUGCAUCUAAUGGCAGCAAGGUUACUGUGGAAUAUGUUGGUAAAUUGCUAGAUGGCCAAAUUGUUGACCCAAUGGCCAUUCGUAAAUUCAAGCUUGGUGCUGGAGAAGUGAUUCCUGGAUGGGAUGCCGGGAUUUCUGGUAUGCGUGUUGGUUCCAAAAGGAAAGUGACCAUACCUCCGGCUCUGGGCCAUGGGAACCGAGCAGUAGGAAUGAUACAAGCAAACUCAUGGCUUGUCUAUGAAUUUGAGCUAAAGAAAGUGAGGCGAACCAAAAAGGCGUCUCAGGUCUCCAAGAACCCAAGCUAG